UUUUCUGCAUUUGCCUACCAUCAAGAUGCUGAAGAGCGUGAUUGCUUUGACCAUGCUGGUCGCUGCCGCCAGCGCCUGCGAGAGCGCCCUGGACCUCAUCAAGUCGGCCGAGGGCUUCCGCUCUUGCACCUACGUGGACACCACCGGCCACAAGACCAUCUGCUACGGCUUUAACCUCGAUGCCUCGGGUGCCAAGCAGAAGAUUGAGUCGGUUGGCGGUGACUGGAACAAGAUUUACAACGAUGGUGGCUGCCUGUCCGAGUCGCAGUGCACCACCCUGCUCGAGGGUGAGGUCAAGAACGCCGCCGCCAGCGCCGUCUCCGUCUUUGGCAGCCAGUGCUCUUGCAUUGAGGCCGUCCUCACUGACAUGACCUACAACCUUGGCAAGGCCGGUAUCGAGUCCUUCCACACCUUCAUCUCCGACAUCAAGGCCCACGAGUGGAGCGCCGCCGCCUCGGAUGCCCGUGACUCGCUCUGGUGCCGCCAGGUCGGCAACCGCUGCACCCGUGACACUGGCAUCAUUGCCCAGGGCUGCGCGGCUGAGAACCAGUAAACCAGCCGCUCCCCAGCCAAUGUUGCCCCGCGGUCAUAAUUGCGGUUGUGUUGGUCCACGUGUGACUUGACUGCCGGCCAAGGCAAACUACACACUUGUGCACCUACCACGCGCUUUGCCGUCACCCACUCGUUCUCAUGUUGGGCACGAGAGCAUCGGGUUGAAGGGAAUCUUUACAAGGCAUCGAGUUGUCUUCCUUAUUCCCUUUCGAGGCUGUUUCGUAUUGUCGUCUGCGGUGGGGAAGAUGUGUGUACUCACGUCUUCUCGGCACAUGUGAAUCGAUCAAUUGUCCCG